GUUUUGUUCUUAUAAGGAGGAAAAAGUUUCUGUGACAUCCAGGAAAUGAGUAACUCCGCAGCCUUUAGGGCCGCGCAGAUGGAGGCCCGAAGGCAGGAGCCGGUCGGGGUGUCGCCGCCCCCGUCCCCCUAAGUGCCGGGCGGGACGCUCGGCCGAAGCCGCCCGCGAACCGCGGCCUCCGGGCUCUGGGGACCCGCGCGCACAGCGGGUCUGGCGCGGUCCCUGCCACUACCGGGAGCUGGACGAAGGCCAGUAGUUGAUGGCUCCAGUUGGCUUGGAGCUUUGAACCUUGCCUGGCCCGGUACAAGGAAGCCAUUACAGCCCUUGAACAAGGCACGAGGAUGCACACAGCCCCGUGGAAGCUGCUGGGGAGAGAGAAGGAAGACCUCCCAGUCUUGAGGCUUGAUGAUGGCGCCACUCCCCACUUGCUGACGUCCUACCCUGAAUUGGUGUGGAGGCUGACCUCCAGGGUCAGGGGCUCCCCAGGACUAUGACUGUGACCUGUCAGGGUCUGCUGUGCCCAAAGGGGACUGCCUAUAGUACAGGGGCCCUCAAGGGCCUCAGAACCUCCAAAUUCUCUCCCAGCUGACUGCUGCCUGGUGCCGUGCUACUUAGCACCACACGCCUUGAUCCUAAAACCCGGAUCCCUGUUAAGAAGCCAGCCUCACGGCUUUGCCUUGGACCACCCCAGCAAGACUUUCCAUUGAGGUUUCUCUCGUGGGGAAACCAGGGCUGACCUGUUUCUGCAAUUAUCUAGCAAGCCGCUCCUUGUCCUAGGGAAGAAAAGCUGGCUAGCUUCGCCCUGGACCUUUUCCUCACCCCACACCCUUUCCGGCCUGAUGUCCUGCACUUUCUCCUGUCCUCCGUCUCCUCCUCAAGUUCACCUCUGAGGCCUGAAUGUGUGUGCGUGCUGAAUUCUGCCGGUGGACCCCGCUUUCGGUUCCUGCUUGCGUGUCCAGCUGUGUAUGGGAUGGAAUCACAUCUGAGCAGCAGGCUUUACCCACGUGUGGCAACUCAGCUCACGUACAUCCCAGCCCUGCUGGCUAGAACCUGCAGACGUGUCUUUACCUGAUGCCACGUCCCUGUUCCUUGGCACCAUUAGGGAAAGUCCCAGCCAUGGCUCUGGGGCUCUUCCGGGUGUGUCUGGUGGUGGUGACAGCCAUCAUCAACCACCCGCUGCUGUUCCCACGGGAGAAUGCCACGGUCCCCGAGAAUGAGGAGGAGAUCAUCCGCAAGAUGCAGGCGCACCAGGAGAAGCUGCAGCUGGAGCAGCUCCGCCUGGAGGAGGAGGUGGCCCGGCUGGUGGCCGAGAGGGAGGCGCUGGAGCGGGUGGCGGAGGAAGGCCAGCGGCAGAACGAGACCCGCACGGCCUGGGACCUGUGGAGCACCAUCUGCGUGAUCCUCUUCCUGGUGAUCGAGGUGUGGCGGCAGGACUACCUGGACGGGCCUUCACCGGAGUGCCCGGGCGGGGACGAGGACGAGCUGCCCGGCCUGGAGGGCGCCCCGCUGCGGGGCCUCACCCUGCCCAACAAGGCCACACUUGAGCACUUCUACGAGCGCUGCAUCCGGGGCGCCACGGCCGAUGCGGCCCGCACGCGGGAGUUCGUGGAAGGCUUCGUGGAUGACCUGCUGGAGGCCUUGCGGAGCCUCUGCAACCGGGACACGGACAUGGAGGUGGAGGACUUCAUUGGCGUGGACAGCAUGUACGAGAACUGGCAGGUGGACAGGCCGCUGCUGUGUGACCUCUUUGUGCCCUUCAUGCCCCCCGAGCCCUACCACUUCCGCCCCGAGCUCUGCUGCUCCCGCCGCUCCAUGCCCUUGGACCGCCAGGGCUACGGCCAGAUCAAGGUGGUCCGGGCCGACGAGGACGCGCUGGGCUGCGUCUGCGGCAAGACCACGCUGGGGGAGGACAUGCUGUGUCUCCUCCAUGGCAGGGACAACCCCGCGCGGCCGGGCAGCGAGCUGGAGACCCUGCUGUGCGCCGGCGACUCCCCGUACCUGGACACGCUGCAGGUCAUGAAGUGGUUCCAGACGGCCCUCACCAGGGCCUGGCACCGCAUUGCCCACAAAUAUGAGUUCGACCUGGCCUUCGGGCAGCUGGACUCGCCGGGCUCCCUCAAGAUCAAGUUCCGCUCGGGGAAGUUCAUGCCCUUCAACCUGAUUCCUGUGAUCCAGUGUGACGACUCGGACCUGUACUUUGUCUCCCACCUUCCCAGGGAGCCCUCCGGGGAGACCCCGGCGUCCAGCACCGACUGGCUCCUGUCCUUUGCUGUCUACGAGCGACACUUCCUCCGGAUGACAUCGAAGGCGCUGCCCGAGGGGGCCUGCCACCUCAGCUGCUUGCAGAUCGCCUCCUUCCUGCUGUCCAAGCAGGGCCGCCUGACCGGCCCCAGCGGCCUGGGCAACUACCACCUGAAGACGGCCCUGCUGCACCUCCUGCUGUCCCGGCGGCCGGCCGACUGGAAGGCCGGGCAGCUAGACGCUCGCCUGCACGAGCUGCUCCGCUUCCUGGAGAAGAGCCUGCUGGAGAAGAAGCUCCAUCACUUCUUCAUUGGCAACCGCAAGGUGCCCGAUGGCAUGGGACUCCCUGAGGCCGUUCGCAGGGCCGAGCCUCUCAACCUCUUCCGGCCCUUCGUCCUGCAGCGAAGUCUCUACCAGAAGACAGUGGACUCCUUCUACGAGAUGCUCAAGAACGCCCCGGUGCUCAUUAGCGAGUACUCCCUCCAUGUGCCCUCCGACCAUGCCAGCCCGCCCCACAAAGCUGCUGUCUUGUAGAGCGUCCGGGACCCAGACGGCCAGGACGCAGGGCACCCCACCUGUCCACACCUCUGGGGGCAUCUGCAGGCCCUGUCGAGGGAAAAUGGCGGGUUUUGUGGGGUGCCACGGCUCAGCCCAGCAGGGAAGCCAGGCCCCUCGGUACAGAGGAAACAGAAUUUCAAGCUGGAAGCUGGUUUACUUUCAUGCCACUUGGGCCUCCUGGUGAAGUUAUUGUCCGGGUUUGGUCGACCCUUUGCAGCUUACUUUUGGAUCACCCCGAAUGGCCAAGGUGAGGACAAAGUCCUCUCUGGACACGGAGCUACAGACAACGCAGACACCGAUUCGGGUGUCAUUUUUACACCCUGGGUCGGUCUUUACUUCAGUAUCAACAGAGGAUCUGCAGGAAGGCUGAUGGGGGCCCAUGUUAAGACCCCCGCAGCCCGUUUCCAGUAAUCCUGGCCCCCGGGCAUCUGCAGCCAAGGCACUAACAGGGACAGUUGGAAUUUUCAGCUUCCAUCCCCACCCUGCACAGUAGGGGUCCAACUGCAGCUGCCAUGUUUUAAACUAUUUGGAGAAAAGGCCUAGAAGAGAUUCAGGGCCCCAAGGGGCCAAUGUCUGUUGCACAGAAGUGGGUACUUGGUGGCAGAGAGCAGUUUCAGUCAGCCGCUUAUUCAGCUCUGUGUUUCACUCAGGGUGCACCCCCUCCCCCAGUGUGCUGUGCCCUGAGCACCGUAGGUGCCACCUACCAUGCUGGGGACAAGCUCCGCAGCUGGUCUCUGACCAUCCAUGUGCUGGGGGAGGGCGGACCCUGAAAGUGGAAGCUGCAAGAGACACAGGGUGACUGGGGCAAAGAGCAGAACCUGUCCUUGGGUGCUGGGGUCUGCCGCUGAUGCCCAGUUCAGAGAAAAUGGCAGAGCUGAGGAGUGAGGGAGGGAUGCCAGAGCCCUGAGUUUUCCUCAGCAGGGUCGCAGUCCUAGAACCGAGCAUGCCGGGAGGCAAGAGGAGACCCAGCUCCGUCUGUUGGUCGCAAGACCUGUUCACUCCAGUGGAGCGCCCUCCCUGCACAGAACCCCCCUUUCUGGAUGGGCCUUGCCAGCCACACAGAUGACCAAGACCCGAAGAGGCUCGGCUGACUGGGAACACGCAGGGCCAACACUGCCGACGCAGUCCCCAAACCCCAGAGAGGUCACCUCGGCACUGCUGGGGGAGCCGGCCCAUCUCCAGGCCUGCGUAGGAGGGUUGGGAAGCCACUCCUCCACUUGUGGCUUCGCUGGCCUUUUGGGAUUUCCUGCCAUGGUACUGCCUCAGUAACCCUGCAGCAAGCCAAGGGGGAGGCAAGAAUGAAUGCACCCGAACCAGCACCUGGGUUCCCCUCCAGGGUUUCAGCGGGCCAGGCCUGCCGAACCACAGACCCCAUUCCACGGGGAUGUCAGGCUGCAGAGGACCCUGUCCCUCACCCAGGGGUGCUCUCACCUGGCUCCAGGGGUCCCGGAAGAUGGACGGUCUGCCUGACGGGGCUCACUUGCUCAGGAGGCUCGGCUUGAUGGGGCCCUGAGGCCUGUAGCAACCCUUCCAUGUGAGCCGGAGUCGGACUGCGCAGAUGUGGGUCUGUGUCUCUCCAGCGCCCCGGCAGCCGGGCUGCUGCUGGGAAGGAUCAUGUCCACGUGGCCCCCAACAGUAGCCCCAAGCCCCCCAUUCAGUUGUGAUUUGUUUCCAGAAUUCGAGGUGAAUUUCCGUAUUUAUUAUUGCCCGUGCCUUGCCUUUCCCCUCCCCCUUCAUCCUUAUCUUAUUGUGCUUAAAGGAGACCCCACAGCCGGGAACCAGGUUCCAGAAGCCAAGACCAGCCUGAACCUCCCUUGGCUUCCCCUUGGCUUCCAGGAGAGAAAGUUCACUGAAAAAUUACUUUCUGGCCUUUUGUUUAUCCAGAGACAACUCGACGGGGCAGUGGGGAUCUUUUAUGCGACAAAGCUGCUUCUGAAGCAGAAAGCAGCAGAGCUCUCGGUGUUUCAUGCUGCCUUAUUUAUAUUAAAGGAAGAAUUAAAUUCUUGCAAGGAGUA